ACCGUUGACUGUGCUGCGUCGCGCGUGCUGCGACCGACCGCACCGAACGACAAACUCACACCAACAACACAACUUUAGUUCCUCAUUAACAGUUCAGUGGGUGUUUGGUGUAAUCACGAAGUUACUUGUGUUUUGACUGACCACACUCGAGUGUAUAAGUUCUAAGUUCUGGAUACUGGACAAGUGAUUAAAGUGACUGCGUGCUAUGCCGCAAUUAACAGUUUAGCUGCGUUCUGCGGGCGAUGCUCACAGGAGAGCAUGUGAUGCCGGCCUUUGACGCCCGGCGCCAUGCCCACGCCGCUGCAGCCCGGCGGCCCCGCUAGCGGCCCGCCCCCGGAGCGCAAGCGGCGCCGCAAGCGCGACGAUCCGCAGAGUUCAGCUGCGCUCGAGCCUGACGACGACGACGGCGACAUGAGCCCAGAGGAAGAACCACGCAACGCGCCCGCGGCUCCCGCGGCGCCAACCCCAGCGCCCUCUUCCGCACCCGCGCCGACCUCACCUCCCGCCGCGCCAGAUGCCGUCGACCUUACCUCGCACAGAGACUCUCCGCCGCUCUCCUCCGACGUCGAAAGAUUUGACGGCAAAAUCGUCUACAACCCUGAUGGAUCUGCCUAUAUCAUCGAGGACCCUGAAUUAUCAGAAGGAGAAACGAGCAUACCCGAUCUACCAAAAAUAGAACCUGGGUGUAUCGUAGAUAGUCGCGACAACAACGUAGUGGAAAGACAGCUCGAUUUCCCACAGAUAGCGAGCGCGUUCUACGUGUCAAGAAACCCUUCGUUGUAUGGCGCGUUGUAUGGAAGACUGGCAGCAGAACGAGCGCGAGCGAGACCCGACGCGCCUGUUAUGCACAGUUACCGAGUAUUUAGUUUUCGCGGAGGAAAGGACGCUCCUAGACCGCCAUCUCCUCCAACUGAGUGUCCUGUUAGCGUACCAGUCAAACCUAUCCUAAUGUGUUUUAUUUGUAAAUUGAGUUUUGGCUAUGCAAAAUCAUUUGUAGCGCAUGCACAAGCGGACCACAGUUUAUCGUUACUGGACUCUGAAAGAGACGCCUUAUCGAGAGAGAAUGCUUCUGCUAUUAUACAAUGCGUGGGCAAAGAUAAAGAGCCACUAGUCUCAUUUUUAGAACCUGUUGGUGCUGCCGCGCCACCUCGGUUAUCAUCUUCGGGAAGCCCUAAUAUGACAGAAUUACCAAGCCCAUCAUUAGACAAGCGACAAGAUUUAAUGACGAGCGACAGAGAUACCGAGUCAAUGCUAUUAAACGGAACGUGUGAUGAGAGGAAACCAAGCCCAACAGCGGCAUGGAGGCCGCCACGGUCGAUAGCCGAAUCUUUAAUGCCACAACAUUCCUUGAUCUCCGUGGCACAUCCACAUACGAUUAAUGCUUCAGUGCAACCACGGGCCAGUCCUAACUCAUCCCCACCAUUUCAAGCUACACCGCCUGCCUUCCUUUCUGGAACGACGAUAGGUGUUUGCCCAGAUCACUUAGGAGGAAGGCCGUCUGGUGCAGAUUGUCCAAAAUGUGAAUUAAUUCUGAACUCAGGUAGAUUAGGUGGCCCACUAGCUGGUAUGCACAGUCGGAAUUCCUGCAAAACCUUAAAAUGUCCCAAAUGUAAUUGGCAUUAUAAAUACCAAGAGACAUUAGAAAUACAUAUGAAAGAGAAACAUCCUGAAGCUGAGACGAGUUGCAUAUAUUGCAUAGCUGGACAACCACAUCCUCGGCUGGCCCGUGGAGAAACAUACACAUGUGGCUACAAACCAUACCGUUGUGAAGUAUGUAACUACUCGACUACUACUAAGGGUAAUCUAAGUAUACACAUGCAAUCUGAUAAACAUCUAAAUAAUAUGCAAGAGCUUCAAAAUGGUGGCAACCCUGGCGAAGGAACUUUACCUCCUGCCCCUCAACAUACUCCGCCAGGCCCACACAAACCACCACUACCGCAUCAUUCACCCUUAGGUCAAAAACCAAAGCCAACCUUCCGCUGCGAUGUUUGUAACUAUGAAACAAACGUUGCACGUAAUCUGAGGAUACACAUGACUUCUGAAAAGCAUACCCACAACAUGCUUGUUUUGCAGCAAAACGUUAAACAUAUGCAGACGUUAUCAGCUCUUCACCACAGGCAACAAAGUCAACAACAACUUGAAAGUUUAUUGCAUUUCCAUGGUGGCGAUGCUCCACCUCCUAACCCUGAAGCUGCUCUUGCUGAUAUGGCUUACAAUCAGGCCUUGAUGAUUCAACUAAUGACUGGAGGCCCAGGUCCUUCACCUCCUGAAUUAGGAGCUCAUCUUGAUGUUGGUUUAAAUCCAGAAGCAAUGGAACCUCCACCAGAGCCUGCUGACCCAGAGCCAGAGAGAACAUACCAUUGUUGCAUUUGCAACUGUUUCUCAACCGACUCCUUAGAAGCACUUGGCCAUCACUUGGCCCAGGACCGCACGAAAAUCAGAGAACAGGAGAUUUUGGCUUUAGUAGCUGGUCACUAUGUGUGCAAAUUAUGCACAUACAAAACAAACUUAAAAGCUAAUUUCCAGCUACAUUGCAAAACUGACAAGCACUUACAGAGGCUUCAGCAUGUAAACCAUGUCAAAGAGGGUGGACCAAGGAAUGAAUGGAAACUGAAGUUCUGUGGUGGUGUUGGAACAGGUGGUGCAAGCGUCGGUGGUGUACAGGUUCGAUGCUGUGCGUGUGAUUACUAUACUAAUUCUGCGCACAAACUGCAGCUUCAUGCAGCAGGUGCGAGACAUGAAGCUGCUGCCUUACUAUUGAGACAUCUUCGCGAGUGCGCGACACGUAUUCCUCGAGAACGUCCCCGAGUAUACCGAUGUGCUCUCUGUGGCUUCGGAGCACCCCAUCGACUGCCACUUCUGCAACACGUUCGAUCGGUAAAACAUAUGCAGAUGGAACAAAUUCACCAGCUCCAACGUCGCUCUGAGGGCAAAGACCCAACCCCUGAUGUAGCUGAACUGUUCCAAGUCAUCCCUCAGCCAUCUGAGUUACCGAGCCCGUACGAUCAGCAAGAUAAUGACACUAAGGAGCCGAUCGACCAGAAACCAGAGUUAACUCAAGAACAAAAGAUGAUGAGAUUUUUGGAACAACAUCAGCAACAACAACAACAACAGCAGCAGUCGCAACAACAACAACAACAUGUAUCACAACAAAUUCAGCAAAGUUCCAGUGAGAGGGAGGAAGAACGAGAGACUCCCGGACCACACGCGUGUCCUUAUUGUAAUUUUAGUUGUUCGAACGAGUCUCGCCUACACGCACAUGUCACCUCCGUACAUGGCGACCCGUCUCGACAUUUCAUUUGCCCUCUUUGCCAAGAUGGCUUCAAGGAACGACCAGCCCUCGAACGACACGUCAUGCAAAUCCAUUCCGUUAACUCGGAAGGGCUACAGAGACUGCUAUUACUUGUUGACCAAAGCCAUUGGUUGAAUGGUGGAGCCCAAUCCCAAAGAGACGAAUCUCGACAAGGUGACGAUGAGCGAGAAAUUUCCUCACCACGAUCGGAGGGAAGUGCUGAUGGUGAAACUGAGAGGUGUUCGACGUGCAACCGCACCUUUAGAAACGUUGAUGAAUUAUGUCACCAUCAGAAUGAAUCCGGCCACCUCGAACUAAAACAAACACCGCAAGGGCCGGGUUACGUGUGUUGGAAGAAAGGAUGCAAUCGAUACUUUGACGCGGCUCAUGCUCUACAAAAUCACUUCAGAGAAGCACAUGCGCGUAACUCUAUUGCCAACAUGUCAGUGUCUGAAAAACAUGUGUAUAAGUACCGUUGCAAUCAGUGCAGUCUGGCGUUUAAGACAAUUGAAAAACUACAGCUACAUUCACAAUAUCAUGUUAUAAGAGAUGCAACCAAGUGUGUGCUGUGCGGUAGAAGUUUUAGAUCUGUGUUAGCACUACAGAAGCACGUUGAAACUUCCCAUCCUGAAUUAUCUGAAGAAGAACUGAGUGCCUUCAAACGCAGUUUAGCAUCGAAUCCUUUAUUACAAGCUGCACAAGGCACGGCUCUAGAUUCAGCUACUGCUGAGCUUUUACGUAAAGAAGCGUUAAGAACUCCAGAUGAUGACCUCGCCGAUGUCGAAGAUAGAGACUCUAGUGCAACAGUCGCUGAUGAGUCCGGACAUAAUGAUGCUGAAAACUCGGAUGACUCAAUAAUUUACAAAGAUCAACAAUUCUUGGAAGAUUAUUUAAAUUCUCAAGCAAUGGCUGAAGACUCAUACAAUGACCCAAAUAGAAAAUAUAAGUGUCACCGGUGCAAGGUUGCGUUUACACGACAAUCUUAUUUGACUGCACAUAAUAAGACACUCCUGCAUAGAAAAGGUGAAAAGUUAACCUACCCCAUGGAAAAAUAUCUAGAUCCAAACAGACCAUUCAAAUGUGACGUAUGCAAGGAAUCUUUCACGCAAAAGAAUAUUUUACUUGUUCACUACAAUAGUGUGAGCCAUUUACAUAAAUUGAAGCGAGCUAUGCAAGAACAACAGAAUAAUAAUAAUCCUCCCGUGUCGCCCGGGGCGGGUUCUGCGCCAUCUAAUUUGACACUUACGCCCAAAAGUACAUCGAGCGAGGAAGAUGACCGCAAACGAUAUAAAUGUAACAUUUGUAAAGUUGCAUACACACAGGGUAGUACGCUCGACAUACACAUGAGAUCGGUGCUUCACCAAACACGUGCUGGCAAAUUACAAGAACUAGCCGCAGCUGGACACGUGGACUUGUCACGACCCCUAGUGGAGCAGCCUGACCGGACCGACCCCGCCAAAAUAUUACAAGACGUUUUGUCGCCGAAAAAUACAUCCCCUUCGUCUACAAGCAGCGGGGGCCCGCGUUCCUCACCCCCUGCGCGCCCAGGUAGCCCGCGUUCGCCCCGCGCAGGUAACAUUACGUGCGAACGCUGUCAGACGUCAUUCCCUAACGGGGAGUUACUCGAGGCACAUCGAGCGACGUCAUGUCCGUACGGCGAUGCGCGGGCGCAUUCGCCGCUUGGCGAAGCUGAAACAGCUGCACUUGACGAGAUGGUGGCCAAGGGUAACCCGCCCAAACGGAAUUCACAAAUGUAUAAGCAACUAUUAGAAACCUUUGGAUUCGAUCUCGUUAUGCAAUACAAUGAAAAUCAGCGGAGAAAAAUGCAGGAAGAACGAGAGAUGGUGCGUGUACCAAGUCCACCGCCGCCGCCACCUGAGGAAAAACCUCCGGACGGUGAAUCCAAGUCUACUUGUCAACAUUGCAAUAAAGAAUUUUCAAGUGUGUUCGUUCUUAAAACCCAUUGUGAGGAAGUGCACAAGGAUAAAGUACCUCUAGAAUUUCUAGAGCAGUUUGCGGAACAGUUUAAAUCGGAAUAUGAAAGGAAGUCUGGUGCACCUAACUCACCUCGUGCUGCCUCUCCCGCGCCGCAAGGUGACAGGUCACCGUCUCCACGUGGUGACAAUAGUGGAAACUUUAAUGAAAAUGGAAGUGCACAAGGUGAUGCGCAAGCUGGAGCGCUACUGGCUGCGCAAGUGCAAGAGAUGCAAGCAGCAUUAAAUAUGAUUCAGCUACAACAACAACUAGGACAACUGCAUCCGAUGGUAGCUCAGAUGUUAUCGUUGGGGCUGCCUCUAGGAUUGAACGUCGGAGCACUGGCAGCCAUGAACCUUCAACCACCAUUGGUGCCGUUAAUGCUACCACCUCCUCCAUUCGAUGCCAUGCCCUUCGCCCACGACGCCCAGAUGAAACAACAACAAUUAUUACAGCAGCAGCAACAGGCUAAUGCUGCAGCUGGUCAAAAGAGAGCGCGUACACGCAUCACUGAUGAACAACUGAAAAUUUUGAGAGCACAUUUUGACAUUAACAAUUCGCCCAGUGACGAGGCUAUCGCGAAAAUGGCCCAACAGUCUGGACUCGCUACAAAGGUAAUCAAACAUUGGUUCAGAAAUACUCUUUUCAAGGAGCGACAGCGAAACAAAGAUUCACCUUAUAAUUUCAACAAUCCUCCUUCUACGACCCUCAACUUAGAAGAGUAUGAAAAAACCGGUGAGGCCAAAGUAACAACUUUGGAUUCAUCAGCAAGCUCUGAUGAAGGAAAGCCACCACCUGAAAAAAAGGCUAAAAUUGAAGACACUAGUAUGCUAAUGCAUCAAGAAGUUAAGUCGGAACCUAACGAUGAGCCAACGAUGGAGGAAAAAUACAAUUCAUAUGACGAUCGACACCAAGAAGACAAAAGCUUUAUCUUUCCUCAAGCACCAUCGCAGAGCCCUGCACCAAUGAUUCAAAACAAUGAUCACCAUCAUCAAAACAAAUCGCGACCUCAAACACCAACGCACAUUUCAUUAAACUCGUUAAUUCAAUCUCAAUUAGAUUCGAUUCCGGCAACUAGUAUACCACAGCCGCCUCAUCCAUCGAUGUUACCACCAAAAUUGAAUCCUAAUUUCACGUCCCCAAACUCCGCGCCCCCGAACGUCCUACCUUUGACCCCGAAUCGCAGCCUCAGCCCUGGCAGAGGGCCGGCCGAUUUCGGACUUUCCGGGGGCAAUUCGAACGGAUCCAACAGCUCAACGGGGUCUUCUGGCAAACGCGCCAACAGAACUAGAUUUACAGACUAUCAAAUCAAAGUAUUACAAGAGUUUUUUGAAAAUAAUGCAUAUCCCAAAGAUGAUGAUCUCGAAUAUUUGUCAAAGUUAUUGGGGUUAAGCCCUAGAGUGAUUGUAGUCUGGUUUCAAAACGCACGCCAAAAAGCCAGAAAAGUCUAUGAAAACCAACCAGCCGCAGAUCCGCCUGCGAGUGCCACGGAUGAUGCCAAUCGAUUUCAACGGACUCCAGGUCUUAACUAUCAAUGUAAAAAGUGCCAAUUAGUAUUUCAAAGGUACUAUGAACUUAUAAGACAUCAAAAGACGCAUUGUUUCAAAGAAGAAGAUGCAAAAAGAUCAGCACAAGCGCAGGCCGCAGCGGCUCAAGUGGCAGCUACAUUAAGCAGUGAGGAUUCCAAUUCGAGCAAUGUAGAACAUCACCCUCCCCACGUGCCAGUCUCACCUGCGCCGCCUCGUACGCCAACUCCCGCGGCACCUAACUACCCUGUGUCGCCAGCACCGCCUGCGCCGUUAACACCUGUUACCCCACUGUCGCACACACCUCGUGAAGAAAAAGAUGGAAAUUUUCAGUGUGAUAAAUGUAACCUAGUCUUCCCUCGUUUUGACUUAUGGCGAGAACACCAACUAGUUCACAUAAUGAACCCAAACUUAUUUCCCACAUAUCCACCCGAUUCCCCUUUUGGAAUUUUGCAACAACAUGCACAACUACAACAACUAAACGCAAGCCUUGGCAGUGAUGAAGCUCGCCAUCCUUUAGUAGCGGCUCUCAACCAACAAGUCGCUAAGAGGAAAUUUGAUGAGUAUGAAGAAGUUGAAACAGGUGAACAGCCAAAAGACAAACGCUUAAGAACUACAAUUCUACCGGAACAACUGGAUUACCUCUACCAAAAAUACCAAAUCGAAUCUAAUCCAUCUCGUAAAAUGCUUGAAAACAUAGCACGCGAAGUUGGACUAAAAAAAAGAGUGGUACAAGUUUGGUUUCAAAAUACUAGAGCACGUGAGAGGAAAGGACAAUUCCGAGCACAUGCACAAGUCAUAAAUAAAAGAUGUCCAUUUUGUCCAGCGUUAUUUAAAGUAAAAAGUGCCCUAGAAAGUCAUUUGAGUACCAAACACGCAGAUCAGUGUGCGAGAGGUGAGAUCAAUGUAGACGCAUUACCCGAUGAAGAAUUGAGUACAGAAUCAACCCCGAGUUUCGGGUCUCAACAAAGUGAUCGGCAGCAAAAUUUUUCCCAAGCGGGGGCUCCCAUGUUGCCCCCUAUUUUUCCACCUUUUCACUCAGACAUGGAGAAAUUUAUCAAGCAGUACAGUGAAGAAUCAAUGAAACGCUAUGUAAGUGAAUUACAAGCGCAUGCGGCCGCUCAACAGAAUGGCGGCGGAAAUGAACCAACUGAACGACGGCCCGAACAUGGAAAAUCAGAGAUACCUUUAGAUCUCAGUAAACCAGUUGAUCUGUCACGACCUGGAUCUGACGCCGACGAGCGCUCCGACACGGCUUCUGAAACUAUGGAAUUCUAUGAAGAAGACGAGCCGACCUCGCCUCUCCCCGGCCAGCAACAAACGACUCGGCCGCCGGGAAAACGUUAUCGUACGCAAAUGUCAUCCUUGCAAGUAAAGAUUAUGAAAUCCUUAUUCGGGGACUACAAAACUCCGACUAUGGCGGAAUGCGAGGCGCUCGGUCGAGAAAUUGGACUACCCAAACGUGUAGUGCAAGUUUGGUUCCAAAAUGCACGUGCCAAAGAGAAGAAGGCGCGCCUGGCUGCCGGACUCAUGGAGGUGUCCGAUGCGCCGCCGCCGGAAGAGUGUCGAGUAUGUGACUUCAAAUACAGUCAUAAAUACUCGGUGCAGGACCAUGUGUUCACACGUGGUCAUAUCGCGGCUGUACGCGCGCGGCUCGAAAGUGGUGCAGGCGGCGGCGAUGACAGCACGCUCGCGCUCAUGCAGAUGGCAGCGCGUCUUGAGAGCGGCAUGGGCGGCGACUUGCACAACGCGUUCCUGCGGCCGCAGCUCGCCGGCAAUGGACCUACUGUCAACCCCGCUGCUCUCCAACCACAACCACAAGGCUUAAUAGUAGAGACGGGGAAUGGUGCCAGCGUACUGCAGCUGCCGGCCACUACUUUGGAGCAAAUACGGCACAUCGCAGCCGACCCCGGAGCGUCCACACUGCGCCUGCCACCACCCGCUACUGAAGCUCCGGCGGGUGCUCGCGAACUCGACUUCGAUCUAUGCUACGUGUGCAAGCACUGUAAAGUAGCCUUCCCUUCGCCAGCGCCACUGCAGGUUCACCAAGCGCGUUCGUGUUACGCGGGGCGCGAGGCGGCACGUGGCGUGAUCCGCGUGGUGCAGCCCGCCCUCGAAUGUCGCUCUUGUCCCGGCGAACGCUUCCGCACUGCACUGGAGUUUCGCCGCCACGCAGACACUGAGCAACACCUCCGCAACACCAUGCCACAGCCGCAGCUGGUACAGCAGCCAGAAACCCUCACUCACGAGAUGGAGGAUGUAGUGAACCAGAUCACGCUGCUGGCAGCCCGCGCCGCGCAGGAAACCGCUCCACCCAAGGACCCGAACGCUAACUUCUGCGCGCCCGGGCCACGCUUCCAGCCCCCCGGCGAGCUCCCCCUAGCGAGCGCCGGCCACUAAUCCUACUCUGAUGAAAUGUAUAGUUACUAUCUAUUAGAGCCCCUCGCUCUCUCCGUUGUCCGACAACGCAGCAGUUCACUAUUAGCUCUUAACGCUUCUUUUCGUUGAUGAAUGUCGCCGCAGAAGCGGCACUUUCCUAGUUAUAUUUAAAGCUUGUAGUCGUUUAAGUAUAGGUUAAUAGGGAGCCGGCCGCGGCGACCGUCGAGUGGCGGUCGCAGGCAAGCGCUGCUGGCCAGCCGGCUCCCGCGCCGUCGCCGCGCACUGGGAGGCGGCGGCGGCGAGCGCGCCCAGCCGCGCCGCGUGCCCGCACUUCAUAUCAUACGUUAGACAGGUUUUAUUAUAUACGUUUAUCGUUGCGGUAGCGCGCGCGCCGCGGCUGGAGACGCGCCUCACACUCUCAACAUCAAUUCCCAGGAAAGCAAGUUCCUAUCUUUAUGGCAUAUAAUAUUAUCGAUAUUGAUAAUUACGAUUUAAUUAUUGUUUAAAGCUAUGUAAUACAUACAUAUAAUCGUUCUAAUUUUAGGCAUAGAUACGUUCUCGUAAGAAGUUCCUGACGCAUCGUAAAUGUAUGGAGAUAUAUAUAGUGAUAUACGUAUAUGAUUUUUUUAAACAUGAAGCGAAGUUAGGUACGUAUGUUAGGCAGUAGAGCGGUCGUCCUCUCUCGCGGGUUCCACGCUCAGGAAACGGCGUGAACUCACGCAAACGCAACUGAAUCUUUAUGGAAAUACGUUGAGUAUUGUAGUGCGGCUUGUCGUUCGCACAGUGCCGCAUCGCGUGAGCACGCUGAUGUGCACUGGACGGCGCCGCACACUGCACGAACGCGCGACGCCGCGGCUACCGUCGGUACCGCGCGCGACCCGCACUAGCGCGCAGAGCCGCCCGCGGAGACGCGACGACACCGCGUAGGCUUAUUGGUAACACUUAAUUAUAAUGAUUAUUAUCGUAGCAACUUUUCCAAAACGAACGAACUCGAAACUCGGGCUGCGCGCUAGCGCUCAGCCUACCUCGCAAACAAGUGAGUUUAUUUUGGAACUAAGUGUGAUUCUUGAAUUUUUAUUGAUAUUGUAAUGAUUAUUAGUAGUGGCGUAAGUGAGUCCAGUGUCCGAAGGCGUGGGGGGUUGGGGGCGGCGGGCGACGCACGGCUCGCUCGUCGCCUCCAUCUUCGACCGCUUUACCGAGUGCGUGGAGUCCUAAUAUUUUCGAUGGCACAGAUCACGUUAUUAAAAAUAUUUUACAUAUUUACAUUUUAUCUAGCGGAGUGUACUACAAUAUUUUAUCUAAGAGUGAAUCCUACUACAAAAUUGAGUUUGUUUUUUUAUAAAGUGCAAUGUUUUAUUCCACCGGUUGCCGGCGGUCCUUGUUAUGUGUAUACAUACUGGUGUGUGUGCAAUGUGCCGAUGUUCGGGCGCGCCGCCUCUCUCCUAUCGCUUUACUACUCCCAGCGGCGUCUGGGGUUACACGUCAACCUUAUUAUUGCAAAAAUUACAUUUGAAAUUGAAAUAGAUUUUAUAUGAUGCUGGAGUGAAUACCAACAUAACUAAAGUGUAUAUCCAAAUAUUGAUAUCUUGAGAUAGUACAUGGAAUGUGUAUGCGAUGGCACAGCUGGAGAUGGGAGAGAUGUGGCGCGCCGGAGCACUGUUAUACGCGAAGGCGCGCGUCUACAACACAAUUAUUUUGUUUGAUUAGUGUUUAAUGUAUCUGCGAAGUGGUUACUGGUUACUGGUUACGCUCAGAGCUCCACCGCGACGUGACGACGGUCGCUCGCGUUCCGUACUCGAUGUUUCUUUAAUUUGUUUGUACUCGGGAGUAUAUGUACGUGUAAGUUUGAGUUAGUGUAGGUGGACGUGUGGGUAGUGCGAUGUUGUGUCUCCGCGCGGCGAGAGCCCGCGGAAUGAAUCAUGGUUCCUAUGUAUAUUUCAAUAUUAUCGCAUCUAGAGUUUCACUAUACUUUCCGAAUACAAAUUUUAAUAUUUAAGAUUAAUUCGGACUAGUCUGUUGUGUCUGCUGCUAGAGGUGCCGCCACGGCCAUGUUGUUUGUUUAUUUGUAUAGUACUAUUUCCUUCACUCUCCUACUCUCAUGUAUAACAUUUAUUUCUGUUAAUAGUGAAACAUUUUUGUAGACUUUUGAUGCCCUCUAGAUAUUACAUAAUGUUGGUUACGAAUAUUAGUUUAUGAUCGUAAAAAGGUAGCAUUCAUGUCUAUCAUAGUUCCUAAUACUGUAUUGUAAUACUAAAGUUAUUUUAAAAUUCUUUACUAGUAAAAUAUACCGUUCCUACUAUUUUAAAUCUGUAACAAGAUGUUAAAUGUAUACACGAAGUAAAUGUCAACAUUGAUUUUGAAUUUUGUUAAUAUGUUAUAUGAGAUGUUCUCUGUAAUUUAUUUUUGGUACAAUCGAGAAAAACUCCUUUUUUAUCUAAUUAUAGAGCUAAAGUCUGUUAUACAUUGUACGCGGAUUUUUCAGAAUUAAUAUAUCACUUGACUAAUGGGAAUUUUCUCUGAAUGUACCUCUAUGAAUGUUAAAAUAUAAUUUACAAUAUUUUACUUGUCUAGUUGGAUGUGAAACUGUCAACUAAAUAGAUGAUUUCGUAGCGAUUAGUUUGAGUUCGUCCCGCAUGACGUGUGCGUAGCAACUCUCUACGCGCGUGCUACGCGCCUACGACGCAUGCCAUACGUAGCCGACAACAGAUUACGAAUACAUUGUCAAGUGUAAAUGGUAAAAAUAAACUCAAAGUUAGUUUAUCAGA